UUUCGCCUUUGCAACAGUACCUUUUCACCGUAGAUGUGGAAAUUCCCAGGCAUAUCAAUUCUCCUAUGCAAUUCAAGAUCAGAAGUCACAACAUAAAUGGCCGCCAACAUUCCCCAAAUUCAAACAAACCUGUAAAUCCGAUGAUCACUACGAAGCUCCACACCGCUCUCAAACUCCCCAAACGCUGUUCUCUCCCAUCUCUCCCCACUCUCUUGAAGAGUGGAUUCACUCCAACUCUCGGAGACUUCAACCAAUUCCUUCUCUUCCUUUCCCGAACCAAAAGAUUCAGUGCAAUAACUCACUUUAUCUUCCAAAUGCGGUCAAACAAGCUUAAAGGGAACUCGCGAACUCACGCAAUCCUCACCACGGCGCUCCUCAGAGAUAAAAAAUUUGAAGAAGCAGCUCUGUUUGCGAAGACCCAAAUUGUGAAAUCUCCCAACAGCUCUCACCGGAGUCAAAUCUUGGAUUGUCUAGUUCAGGGCCUCUGCAUUACUGAGCCUGAAAUGGCGCUAUCUGUUCUGCGGGAUUGCUUGAGAAUUGAUGGUGUUGUACCUUCUUCUUAUACUCUUUGCUCAUUACUUUACCGUCUUUGCUCUUUUGGAAUGAUGGAUGGAGCUACUCAGGUGUUAGAGUUGAUGAGUGAUGAGAGAAUCAAUUACCCUUUUGAUAAUUUUGUAUGUAGUUAUGUAAUUUCUGCUUUUGUGAGUGUUGGCAAGCCUGAACUUGCAGUUAGGUUCUAUAGUAAUGCUGUAAAGUCGGGCUCUUUGAAGCCUAAUGUUAUUACUUGUACAUCUGUAAUGAGUGCAUACUGUAGAUUAGGUAGAGUAAAAGAAGUCUAUAGUUUGGUAGAUAUGUUGGGGAGAAAUGGGUUAGAAUUAGAUGGUGUGUUUUACAGUAAUUGGAUUCAUGGGUACUUUAGUGAAGGGAUGAUUCAGGAUGCUUUAGAACGAUACAAAGAAAUGGUGGAGGGAUGCAUUGAAUUGGAUACUAUAUGUUAUACAAUACUUAUAGAUGGGUUUUCAAAAGAAGGGAUUGUGGAGAAAGCUGUAGGGUUCUUGUACAAGAUGAGAAAGGAUGGUAUAGAGCCCAAUUUGGUUACUUAUACUGCGAUUAUGCAAGGAUUUUGCAAGAAGGGGAAACUGGAAGAGGCAUUUUCAGUGUUUAAGAUGGUUGAAGAUCUAGGGACUGAAAUGGACGAAUUUCCCUAUGUGAUUCUUAUUGACGGGGUGUGCAGGAAAGGUGAUUAUCACCGUGCUCUUAAAUUGCUUGAUGAAAUGGAGCAGAAGGGUGUUAAGCCUAGUGUCAUUACAUAUAAUGCCAUCAUCAAUGGAUUGUGCAAAGCAGGGAGGACAGCUGAGGCAGAUGAUGUGUCUAAGGGCAUAGUUGGAGAUGUUAUCACAUAUAGUACACUGUUACAUGGGUAUAUUCAAGAAAACAAUUUCAUGGGGAUACUAGAAACAAGGAGGAGACUGGAAGCAGCAGAUGUGUGCUUGGAUGUUGCCAUGUGCAAUCUGUUGAUUAAAGGACUUUUUAUGAUGGGUUUAUUUGAGGAUGGGCAUUCUAUAUACAAAAGAAUGCAAGAGAUAGGUUUGGAGGCGGAUGCUGUUACUUACUCUACCAUGAUUAAUGGAUACUCUAAAGCUGAUCAGAUAGAUGUGGCACUUGAAAUAUUUGAUCAAUUUCGGAAGAAAUCAAUUUCAUCAGAUGCAUGUCACAAUUGCGUUAUUCAAUGGCUCUGUCGGAAGGGCAUGGUUGACAUGGCAGUUGAGGUUUUCUUAGAGCUGAUAGAAAGAGAUUUUGGCUUAAACACUGCAAUCUGCAGAAUGGUGAUUAAAGCCAUAUUUCAAGACAAAGGGGCUGAAGGAGUUUUGAAUUUAAUUCACAGAUUGGAAAAUUUUGCGCAUGAGAUAUUUGAUCCUAUAUGUAAUAUUGCAAUUUGUUUUCUAUGCAAAAAGGGUGGAUUAGAGGCUGCCUGCAAUGUGUUAAUAAAAUUGGAGAGGAAAGGAUCAACUGUGAACAGCAAGUCUUACUAUCUAAUUCUGAAAGCACUUCUUUUUGAUGGAAAAAGUUUGCUGAGUCGGCAAAUUUUGACGAAUUUUAUAAAAAAGUACGGAAUGUAUGACCUCAGGGUGAACAAGAUACUAGUGAGUUUCCUGUGCAUGAAUGAUGUAAACCUUGCCCUUAGCUUUCUUGCUAAGGACUCAUUGAAUGUUGCACUUCCUGCAGCUCUUUUAAGGACACUAACAAAAAAUGGCCAGGUUUUGGAUGCCUAUAGGCUUAUAACUGAAGCAGGAAGUAGUCUGCCUGUCAUGGAUGUGGCUGAUUACUCAAUUGUGAUUGAUGGUCUUUGCAAAGGAGGACAAAUUGGUUCAGCACUGAAUCUCUGUGAUUUUGCGAUGAGCAAGGGAGUUACUUUGAAUGUUAUAACAUACAACUCAGUUAUAAAUGGAUUGUGCCGUCAGGGAUUUUUCCUUGAAGCUUUUCGGAUAUUUGGUUCCAUGGAGAAGAAUGGUAUUUAUCCUUCAGAAAUCACAUAUGGUACACUCAUUGAUGCUUUAAUAAAAGAGGGUCUUUUACAAGAUAGCAUUUUGUUGUUUGAGAAGAUGUUGUGCAAGAACAUUCCUCUAAAUAUCCAUGUAUAUAACUCGUUAAUUAAUGUGCAUACCAAGCUUGGUGAUGUUCAGAAUGCUAUGGAGCUUCUACAUGACAUAGAAGCAAAGGGUCUCAAACCAGAUGAAUUUACAGUCAGUACAUUAAUUAAUGGAUAUUGCCAAAAAGGUGACAUGGAAGGAGCUCUUGGUUUGUUUGCUGAAUUUAAAGGGAAAAGCAUAUCACCUGAUUUUCUAGGUUUUAUGUACUUGAUAAGAGGGCUUUGUGCUAAGGGAAGGAUGGAAGAGUCUAGAUGCAUUUUAAGAGAGAUGCUUCAAACUCAAUCAGUCACCAAUAUGCUUGAUAGAGUUGAAGCUGAGACUAAAGCCGAGUCUCUAAAAAGUUUCGUUUCUUUGUUGUGUGAACAAGGAAGCAUUGAUGAGGCUGUUAGUAUUCUUAAUGAAGUUGGAUGCAUGUAUUUCCCCGUUGAUAAGGGACAUAGUGCAUUUAAUAGUAUAUCAGAAAAACCAAAGGAGCCAUGUGAUAGGGAAGCUAUUGAUGCUGUUGAAUGCAAGGUUACUAUUUCAGAAAGCAAAUCAUGCAAUAAUGGGCAACUAGAAAUGGAUUUGGAAAAUGAUAUUGACCUAGAAGCUAAUAUCUUCCAUUUGGAGAACUUUGGUUCUUACUAUUCCUUGAUUGCAUUAUAUUGUUCGAAAGGGGAGCUCAAUAAAGCAAACAUACUGGCAAAAAAAAUCACGAGUUUCUUGUAGGAAAACUAUUUUUUCAACAAAACUGACUGGCUACCUUGGUAAGGAUUGGUGCUGUGAUUUGCAGACCUCGGAAGAAUGUUACAUGUGGCAGUAGGAGUUCUUGUGCAGUUUCUUGUUGCAGAAGCCAAGACAACAUGAAGCAUGGAUGGUUCCACUAGAUUUUGCUAUGGAUUCAAACAGCUGCAGACAUCUUAUGUUCUUCAAAAGAAUUACAGAGAGCCCAAUUCGAGACAAUAUCCUCCAAGAAACUCACAAGAUGUUGCUACAUGAAAAGACAAGAUUUGGUUGGGAAGCAAUGGAUGCCAUUGCAUGUGAAGCUGCCAAGUGGAUUCGGGCCAGAGAGAUAUAUAAGCAGUUGCAGGUUAGACGUACGGCUGGAUUUCUUCAGCUUGCUAUGAUCGAGGGCAUCGGGUGAAGAUCAAAGAUGACAAUAUAUUGAUCAAGUAAAAGAGCAUGUUACAAUUUCGCAAUUGAUGAAGAUGGGCAAUGGUUGCUUCAAGGAUGGAUCCUGAAAAUCAGCUUUUGAUUUGUGGCUAAUUGAGAAUUUUGACAGUGAGAAGGGCAAGAGGUGCUUUCUCAUUCAUUUUUACUUGUGUUGUUUGUUGUAACAUAUGUUUAAAUGUUAAAAACUGAAAGAUCAUCCCUCAAAUCAAGUGGUAGCUAAUAUUUCUUGCUGUCUAUUGAAAUCUU